CCGGGGCCGGGCCGCCCCAGCGGCGGCAGCUCCUGCCCGGACCCUGCGGGGAGCGCUUCCCCCGCUCCGGCCACGAGGCUCUCGCCGUGUCCUGGUUCCCUCACAGGCUCCUGUUGCCAGACCCUGCCUCAGCCGGAGAACAGGCUGCACCGCGGCUGCCCCCAGACCCUGUUGCUGCUCCUGGCUUCCUAGCAGGUCUCAGCCACAUCAACCCUCGGGCUUUAGGCACCGUCCCCGCAGCUGGUGGCAGCGCACAUUGAUGCUUCAUACAAGUACAUCUACCAAAACAUGAAGACUAAAACCAAAGGAAAGAAGAAGCAAAGGCGUACUGUUGACAAAGAAGCGUUUUCUGAGGAGUCAGCAUUGAGGAAGAAAGAACUGGCGAAGUGUUUGCGGCACAGGGAAAGGAGGAAUGGGGGAAAGGAGGAGAGCAGCAAGAUCACUACAGCCAGAGCAAAACAUCCUUGGAGCAAUAAGGACAGGCAUUUGAGGAGACUGGAAAGCAACGAGCGGGAGAGGCAGAGAAUGCACAAGCUCAACAACGCGUUCCAGGCUUUGCGGGAGGUGAUCCCUCAUGUGAGAGCUGAGAACAAACUUUCCAAAAUAGAGACUCUCACAUUGGCCAAGAAUUACAUUAAAUCCUUGACCUCCAUUAUACUUAAUAUGUCCAACGGACACUUUCCCGCAGCAGAAGGGAUGGGGGGAGCCUGGGGGUCCAAACUAUACCAGCAUUAUCAACAGCAACAUGGCGAGGAUGAUCAUGAGCAACAUCUACAAAAAUAUUCCACAUAGAUUCAUAGCUUCAGCCCAAAUACCUACAGUUAGCUACUACCAUCAUUCCUUUCCUUCUCGUGUGAUAAUACAUGUCAGGACCCAGAGGUUUUGAGAAGUUAUUCUUGCCUCCACCUAUCCCCUCUUUUCUUAAGACAAACAGGUAACAAUCAUGGCUACAGCUUAUAUGGCACAUGAAAAAAUUACCUGAAAUUGUAACAGUUUUUCAGAGCUUAAUGGAUAUAUUUGUGUGGUGUGUCAGGGCCUGGAAACCUGUCCUGUAACACUGUAGUUGAUUUGAUUUAGUAACUUCUGAAAAAUUACCUUCCCUGGAAGGGUUGCAAAGUGAGCAUUAAGGCUUGUAUCACCUCAGUUCACUAGAGCUUGUUGAGAAUCUUGGCUGCAGCACUGUUCACCAGCCUUUUGCCAACUCUGUUCUUAUCUAUCCAGCUACAGAGGAAAUUGAAAUUAACGGCAACAUUUGACAAACAUGCUGAGUAAAGUGGCACCUAUGGGAAAUUGGCCACCAAAUCUGAAUAGUUGCAUGUUUUGGAUCUGUUCUGAUAAUUUUAAACCUUUCACAAGCAUAAAAACUUUUUAAGUGCUUGUUAAUGUAAACAUCUACAAAGCUUUCUUAGAUUCUCAGCUCUGGAGUAAGGGCCUUUUCCAGGUUGUGUUUCCAAAGCAUCCCCCCUCAUGGAGUUUUUGUUUAGUGGUCUUUGGGUGCCAUUGUAAAACAAAUAAUAUGUAAGGGACAAAUUACUUAUUUUUGCCAAAAUGAUGAUAAAAAUGCUUUAGUUAGACAAUGAUCUCUAUCUCAUUACAAAUUACGUGCUAAUGAAGGCUGUAAUAUGAUUUGGAUUCUUUCUGGGUUAGUGCGAGAUUCUAGUAUCAAGAAACACAAUAAAU